UGCAUUAUUUUGCAUAUAUUUCGGAAUUUCGGCAUAUUCAAAUGCAUGAAUGAAUGCAAAAUGACUUAAACAAACUACACCGCUCUGCCUCUGCCAUAAAAGAUGCUAUCUCGAUAUGAAAAAGAGUUAAUACAAAACCGGCUUGAGUCUCAUAAAAAGAUAAAUAUUGUCAGACAGUAGCCACGAAUAAAAAAACUAAAUAUACAUAAACGACUUGUUUUGGACAACUGGUAUCAGUUGUCUUUGGUGUUUAAAAGAGGACGAUCGACGAUCAGAACAGUUUUUAAAAGAUGAUCAAACCAGUUGUUGUGAUUGUUUUAUUGGCCACCGUGGCUUUAGCUAAAGCUCAGGGUUUUACUCCUCUCUGCCCGGGAUGUCCAACUGUCUUGGAAAGUCCGGCGGACUUUGCAAAGGCCACCAAUGUUCUCAAAGAAUCUUUGACCCAAUUGACAGCUGGUGAGGGACCCAACUACAAACUUGGUAAAAUCAAUUCUGGCUCCAAACAAGUGAUUAGUGGUAUUUUUUAUAAAAUCAAUGCCAAUUUGAUUGAUGAGAAUGAAGCAACCAAGACCUGUGAUAUCGAAAUUAUACGUGCCAGAGAAGUUACUAUAACUCUCAAAUGUGAGGAAGAGGACGAAGUGAAAAGAGUUCAUGAAUAUAUUCGAGAAUAAAGUUAA